GCGCGGUGGCGGCAUCCGCAGCAGCAGCAGCAGCGUCCGCGGCCCUUUUCUCUCCCCUCAGUCCUCCCUCCCUCCUUCCUUCCGGGGAGUCUCUUUCUUCCCGCCGGGAUGUCGGUUGUGGGACCCGGAGGCCUGGGCCCCGUGGCUCAGGGGCUGAAGGAGGCGCUGGUGGAGACCCUGAAUGGCAUCCUGUGCCCGGUGCAGGGGGUGCGCGCCGCGGCCGAGGAGCAAGUGAAGGUGCUGGAAGUGACGGAAGAAUUUGGCGUUCACUUGGCAGAAUUGACUGUAGAUCCUGAAGGCGCAUUAGCAAUACGUCAGCUGGCAUCUGUGAUUUUGAAACAGUAUGUGGAAACUCACUGGUGUUCACAGUCAGAUAAAUUUAGACCUCCUGAGACGACAGAAAGGGCAAAAGCUGCCAUUAGGGAACUGCUUCCAAAUGGGUUGAGAGAAUCAAUCAGCAAAGUGCGUUCGAGUGUUGCCUAUGCAGUAUCUGCAAUAGCUCAUUGGGAUUGGCCUGAAGCUUGGCCCGAGCUUUUCAAUCUGUUGAUGGAAAUGCUGGUCAGUGGGGAUCUGAAUGCAGUUCAUGGAGCUAUGAGAGUGCUUACAGAAUUCACGCGGGAGGUGACUGACACACAGAUGCCCCUUGUUGCUCCAGUUAUUCUACCUGAGAUGUACAAGAUUUUUACAAUGGCGGAGGUGUAUGGUAUUCGUACAAGAUCACGUGCUGUAGAAAUUUUCACCACUUGCGCCCAUAUGAUCUGCACCAUGGAGGAGUUGGAAAAGGGGGCAGCCAAAAUUCUGAUUUUCCCUGUGGUUCAGCAAUUUACCGAAGCCUUUGUGCAGGCCCUGCAAAUGCCUGAUGGUCCUACAUCAGAUAGUGGACUUAAAAUGGAGGUUUUAAAGGCAGUGACAGCCUUAGUGAAGAACUACCCAAGGCACAUGAUUUCUUCAAUGCAGCAGAUUCUUCCUAUUGUUUGGAAUACACUUACAGAAAGUGCAGCCUUCUAUGUAAGAACAGAAGUAAAUUACACAGAAGAAGUUGAGGACCCAGUGGAUUCUGAUGGUGAAGUUUUGGGAUUUGAAAACCUAGUGUUCAGCAUAUUUGAGUUUGUUCAUGCUCUAUUGGAAAACCACAAAUUUAAAAGUACAGUGAAGAAGGCUUUGCCAGAGCUAAUAUAUUACGUCAUUCUCUAUAUGCAGAUUACAGAGGAACAGAUAAAAGUAUGGACUGCAAAUCCGCAGCAGUUUGUUGAAGAUGAAGAUGAUGAUACUUUUUCCUACACAGUUAGAAUUGCUGCUCAGGACUUAUUGCUGGCUGUGGCAGCCGAUUUCCAAAAUGAGAGUGCAACAGCUUUGGCUGCAGCAGCAACAAGACACUUGCAGGAAGCUGAACAAGCAAAAAACAGUGGUGCUGAACAUUGGUGGAAAAUACAUGAAGCUUGCAUGCUGGCUUUAGGUUCAGUCAAAUCUCUUAUCACAGACAGUGUGAAGAAUGGCAGGAUACACUUUGACAUGCAUGGAUUUCUAACAAGUGUUGUUCUUGCAGACCUCAAUCUGUCAGUGUCCCCUUUUCUGCUUGGCCGUGCUCUUUGGGCUGCAAGUCGCUUCACAGUUGCCAUGUCCCCAGAGCUCAUCCAGCAAUUUCUACAAGCUACAGUUAGUGGUCUUCAUGAAACCCAACCACCUUCUGUCCGAAUUUCUGCAGUAAGGGCUAUUUGGGGUUAUUGCGAUCAACUGAAAAUCUCUGAAAGCACCCAUGUCUUACAGCCUUUCCUUCCUAGUAUCCUUGAUGGACUCAUACAUUUAGCAGCUCAGUUUAGUUCAGAGGUCCUUAAUCUUGUGAUGGAAACACUUUGCAUCGUCUGCACAGUUGACCCAGCCUUUACAGCAAGUGUAGAGAACAAGAUUUGUCCCUUCACAAUUGCAAUAUUUCUCAAAUAUAGUAAUGAUCCUGUUGUUGCCUCUCUUGCUCAAGAUAUCUUUAAGGAACUAGCACAAAUACAGGCUUGCCAAGAUGCAAUGCAGAUGAGAUUGAUCCCAACACUUGUCAGUAUUAUGCAGGCUCCUGCUGAUAAGAUUCCAGCAGGACUUUGUGCAACUUCUAUAGACAUUUUAACAACUGUUGUGAGAAAUACUAAGCCUCCUCUUUCAGAGCUCUUAAUAUGCCAAGCUUUCCCUGCUGUGGCUCAGUGUAGCCUUCAUACCGAUGACCAUGCUACUAUGCAGAAUGGUGGGGAAUGUCUACGUGCAUACAUCUCAGUAGCUCUGGAGCAGAUUGCACAGUGGCACGAUGAACAAGGCCACAAUGGACUGUGGUAUGUGAUGCAGGUGGUGAGCCAACUUCUGGAUCCACGCACCUCGGAGUUUACAGCUGCCUUUGUAGGCAGAUUAGUUUCUACGUUGAUUUCUAAAGCAGGAAGUGAAUUAGGAGAGAAUUUGGACCAGAUUCUAAGAGCAAUUCUUAGUAAAAUGCAGCAAGCAGAAACACUUACUGUAAUGCAGUCUUUGAUCAUGGUAUUUGCUCACCUGGUUCAUUCUCAGCUGGAACCACUAUUAGAAUUCCUUUGCAGCCUACCUGGACCAACAGGCAAGCCUGCUUUGGAGUUUGUAAUGUCAGAGUGGAUGAGUCGGCAACACUUGUUCUAUGGACAAUAUGAAGGCAAGGUCAGCUCUGUAGCCCUGUGUAAACUCCUCCAGUACGGUAUCAAUUCAGAUGACAAACGUCUUCAGGAUAUAAGAGUAAAAGGGGAGGAAAUAUUUAAUAUGGAAGAAGGAAUACGCACACGAUCAAAAGCAGCUAAAAAUCCUGAACGUUGGACAAACAUUCCAUUGUUAGUUAAGAUCCUAAAGCUAAUAAUAAAUGAACUUUCUAAUGCAAUGGAGGCAAAUGCUACUCGACAAACAGCUGCAGAAUGGAACCAAGAGGAAUCUACUAUGUGGGAAGAUCAAGAAGAGGAGGAAGAGGAAGAAGACGAAGGGUUAGCAGGACAGCUGUUGUCAGAUAUUCUUGCUACAAACAAGUAUGAUGAAGAUUAUUAUGAAGAUGAGGACGAGGAUGAUCCUGAUGCACUGAAAGAUCCUCUUUAUCAAAUAGACCUACAGGCUUAUCUUACAGACUUCUUACGUCAGUUUGCCCAGCAGCCUUGCUAUGCAAUGUUCUCAGACCAUCUCAAUGACAAUGAAAGAAGGGUUCUUCAAACCAUUGGCAUAUAAUGGACAUAUAAACCUCUGUGAUCAUAUCUGGACCUUUUUUGUGGUUUAUUUCAUGUUUUGUGACUUAAACCUGAAACAUUUCUAAUUAUUCAUCAGAUACUACAAAUGUAAUUACUCCUCCUAAGAUGUAGAGGUUAAGAGAGCAACAAAGAGAUGUGCGUAGAGUUUUCAUACUGGAUUCGCACAUUGGGAACACUAUUCAGAUCAACUUUCCAGAAGAUGAUUAAAAUAAUGUGCCCUGCAGCCACUUUUCUUUGCUCCACUGAAAAGGCACGUCACUGACUUUUCACAGCACAGUGUAUGGAAUGGGAAAAUUGUGGUUGUUUGUUUGGAUAUUUAUAUAAAUUGGGAAUUUUCCCCACUUCGCACUUAACAUUACACAGGGUAAAUUAUACUGACCAUACAUAUGACAUCUUUUAAAAAUAAAAAAACUUGAAUGAAAUAGAAUCUUCUUACAGUGCAAGCAUUUUGAUUAAAACUUGCAAAAAUUAUAUUAUUCUAAACCUCUAUUUGCAGAUGGAGGUAAAUGGCUUUCACUUAGGCUCCUUUACUAAAACUGUUUUUGUACCCAUACUAAGCAGACAAGCUACAUAAAGAAGCCUCGGUUCCUGUGGUUACUGAUAAUUGGUUUUCCAACCAAAUCUUUUUAUAUGAAAUUCUGAUUGUAUUUCAUUUGUCUGUUUUCUUCAUAAAUAGUUCAAAUAGCUUCCUAUACAGACAAGAAAUAUAUAAACAUCAUAAACCCACAAAUCAGUAUUUGUAUUUUAUAGAGCAGUAAAAUGAAACAUUUACUGGCUGGCAUGCAAGUAAGUACAAUGAUGCAUUUCACAAACACCUCUUUGCCUUUUCCUCCCUUUUUGGGAGAACUGAAUAAAAACUGUUCAAACAUACAUUGUUAUCUUUCUUUUUAAAGGUCUCAGAGGAGACAUUUUAGGAACCUCUUAUAAAUACUAAAUAUGUUCCUUUAACACUGAGGAGCUCCAGCUUUCUCUGAACUGGAAGAAAUUUCUACAUAUUCAGAUUGCUUUCUGAGUUUGGAUGAUCACUUCUUGUCUUUGCAUAAUGUGUAGCACCUACAUCAAUUUGGUUAUGUGCUGUGGGCUGUUAAAGGCACAAAGUAACCAUUCUAAAACUCAAGUUGCAUUUGAAUAUAAUGAAUGUUCUUGCAAAUGAAAGGAUCUAACUAUGUACCUUUGGUGCCUGGUAUUGCUGUCCCUUUCAAACUAUGAAAGUAUUUCCAUUUUUUUAAUCUUGUGAGGGAAGUCAGUGAUUUUAUAUAGUUCGUGUCACAUGUCAAAGCAACAUAGAUGUGUCUUACAAAAUCAGAUAUGCAAAAUAAAAGAGCUCAUACUUCACCAAAUAUAAACAUGCAAUAGAGGCAUUUCACACAUGUUGCAACUGAAGGUAUGUUGGAUUAGAUGCUCCAUGUAGUGGGAUGACUGGUAGUUCUGCUUUGCAUGUAUUGUGCUGUACUUUAUAUCAAAGUUAAUACCAUGUUAAUACCAAAAGCCCAUGAGUCAUUCUAGUUCGAGCACAGCUAGGAGUUUUAACAGUCCUUUACUUUAACAGCGGACAUUUAUUUCAGCCCUGAAUUAUGGAGACCUUGGCUGCAAAUUUAUAGAACAGUACAAAAAUAAAAACAAUAAUACAGCAUGAAAGGGAAGGGGCUAGAAAAACUGAAAUGAAGGAGACUUGCUUUUUUUUCUUUUUCUUUUUUUUGUCGUGUCAGGAGCGACUUGGGGAAACUGCAAGUUGCUUCUGGUGUGAGAGAAUUGGCUGUCUGCAAGGACGUUGCCCAGGGGACGCCCAGAUGAUGAGGAGCCUCUAUGUAUUUCUCUUGCCCCUCGCCUAUUCAGUUGGAAGAGACAUACUUAGGUUACAUACUUUCAAGCUCUUUGUAUGUACUAUAUGCAGAGUGCAUUUCUCUCAGCUGCAGUUGUGAUUUGCCAUAUUUUCUUCUUAAUAAUUUGCAAAUAUUAGGUUUAUACUUGAGUUGAAACAUUAGGGAUUAAUAUUCCUGAAUGUUUAAGUAUUGAGAUUGCCUCUUGGAUUACACAGAUUAAUGUGCAUUUGCCAGUCUCAAUGGAACUAUGUUCUGUCUUUGUUGCUGAGAAUUGGGGAAAUUAUUUAAGGGGAUACCCUUUAAGUAAUUUUCAACUCUAUCGAAAUGCAAGUCAGCAGUGUUUAUUAUUUUCUGUGUGGUAAAGUACACCAGCCUUGUUUCCCUACCACUGAGUUCAUACAAUUGUUAUUUUAAGGCCUGCUACCAUUGUGCAACAUCAACUAAAUGCUUAUUGCAUGAAACCUAGAGUAACUUACGCGCUCCCCAAAGUGCCAUGAUUAUUCAUUUCAUAGAGGACUGCAAAACAGUUAUGUCUUCCUUUCUGCAUAUUUUUUUAUGGACAAAAAAAGCCAAGAAGACAGCAUUGGACCAAAAUUGAUGAGUUGUCCAUUGUACUGCAAGUAACCUGAUGUAGUUUCUAGCACUCCAUGAUUUUAGUGCUCUUAGGAAAUUAUAGAUUAGACUCACGAUUGUUCUCAAGUUCAUUAUAUCCCACAUUUUCUUGUGAAAGUAGCUAUCUUUUAAAUGUCUUUAUAUAUGUAUAUUAGAUAUACAUAAACUAGUGAGAAGGAAGCAUUCUUAUAUCUGUAACUAGCCAAUAGCUACAUUUUGGGGUAGUGGAUAACAAUACUUGAUGGAGUUUAUAGUCCGUGUGGACCUUGGAAUAUUUUAUAGAAAUAAUGAUGUGAUAUGCUGACACCAAUUAAGUUGUUCAAAAGGACACAAAUAGCAAUGACAUAUUGCAACUUAUAAAGUACGUUUCUAUUAUCUUGCCAAAAAUGUUUAGGUUGAAUUCUUAAAAUAGAUGCCUUAAUAGGUUUUUGUAUAAAUGGUUAGUGAAAACCACAGCCUGUGAUACAAUGCAUUAUAAAGACCAAGUAUUAAACCUUUUUUUCCAUUUAAAUAGAUUCCCCUUCCGUUUCCUUCUUUUUUUCAGAAUUUCUAAUGUGAUUUGUAUUUCUCAUAAGAUAAUUGUAAAAACCAUAACUUAUCCUGUGUUUGAAAUGCAUAAGAUAAAGUACACACUCAGGAGUUUAUAGCUCAGGAUGGCAUGUUAAAAGUUUAUCUAGGGUAGUAGAAAUAACUUUUAUCCCUGCCCUGUUUUAUAGCUUAUUAAUAUCCGAAUGAACUUUGCAUACUGCAGAAAAGACAGAAGAGUACCUCACAUUUUUAUUACUACUUAAAUGCCUGUUACUUUAAUCCCUAUGCCAAAUCUUGAUUGAGGAAUAUAGAAGUAACUUUGAUUUUUAAUGGACUGAUCUUUUUAGGGAAUUGUCAGAGGUUCAUACUAAUGAAAAACAGAUUAAUUUAGAUUAAAUGCAAUUCUAGAAUCUGAAUAAUAACUAUCUAUAAAUAUUGUUUGUGUCUUCUGUGAACAUAAAACUUAAUAAACACUGCAAGUUAA